AACGCAUCGGUUUUAGAAGCUAGAGACACCAGACAGAUGGAUAACAAGAGAGAAUGAGAAGGGGAACCAAUGAUCUGUAGGUUGGAAAGCAUUGUCAAGAAGACGUGAAGAGAACAAGUUAAACUUCUAUUUGUUUUAAACCUGUUGUGUUGACGCGUUUCAUCAUGAGUUCUAAUCUUGUGAAGUCUCUUGCUCGGGUUUAUGACCCCAAACCACUUCAUGCUCAGAAACGAUGCGGAAGAGCCACAACGAGAAGAGCUUCGCUUUCUACCUCAAACAAACGUCUAUCUUCACCACUUUCUGAUCAGCCUUCAUCAAAAUCCUCCUCAUCUUCUGCUCUUGUACAUAUUGAAGGACAAGUCAAUGAUCUGAGUGGUAAGAUAGACAAACUCCUCGCCUUGCAGGAAGCGUCUUUGAGACGACUGGAUACCAUCGGUCAAGAUCAAGGAACAGCUACCGGUGGACGGAGCAUUGAACAGUUGUUGUGUGACAUGCGUGCUGUCAUAGAAACUGUUCGAGAGAACGAGGAACAACAAGAUCAGCGACUUGAUGCUUUGGAGCGACUGGUUAGCAGCAUUCAACAGGUUGUCAGUUUCAUUGCUGAAGUGUUGAAACACUCGAGAUUGGCUGAUCUCUUGAAAAACUCAAAAUCCAGCAGCAGGUUUAGAGAAAAGGAUGGGAAGGAGAAAUCUAAAGUAUACCCAAAGGGGCUAAAAACCCAGAAGAGAAAGAAACCACUGGAAGCAUCAGACUUAGUUCAGGCUGGUUUUGAAGAAGUGCAAAAGCUCAAUCAACAGAACAAUCAGCUUUCUCAAUGCACAACAGAGACAGCAGCUGGCACAGUUGCACACCUGGAGCAAAAAGGAGACUGCUAUAAGGAUAGAAAGGAUGAGGCUGCAGUGGAAGACGAGGCAAGAGAGCAAGAAAUCGUUGCUGAAUUAUUGCAGAUAAAAGAAGAGGAUAAAAAGGAGGAAGAGGAGAGGUCAAAGGAAGAGGAGGCAUUAUGGUUAUCAGAGGAGAGGCAACUAGCUGCUCCAAGUUCAUCUGGCCAGACUGAUGAAAGCACACCAGACAGCUGUGAGGAGAAUCUGGAAAUAACUUUCAGCACUAAGAGGCAUGUUGCUGACGAGACUCUGACAGAUGACCUUAAAAAAAGCAGAGUGGAGGAGGCGUCAGAGGAAGAGGAUAAGGAAUUAAAGGAGGAAGAGGAGGCAGGACUUGAAGCUGCAGAGGCUGGACCAGAGAGACUGGAGGCGGGGACAGAAGAGGAGAGGACAGAUGCAGAGUCAGAAAUUGACGAAUAUGUCAUUGAUUCUUCCCCUCCCCCACCUGCACCAUUUGAGCACCGUCUUGUGACACCCAAAACCCACCAGAUUACCAGCUACUACACUAUCAAUAAAGAGGAAGUUCUCGGGGGAGGACGCUUUGGGAUGGUUCACAAAUGUGAAGAAAAAUCUUCUGGACUCAUAUUAGCAGCCAAGAUCAUCAAAGCCAGGAGCCAGAAAGAGAAGGAGGUAGUAAAGUGUGAGAUUGAAGUGAUGAACCAGUUGAAUCACGCCAAUCUGAUCCAGCUCUACGCCGCCUUUGAAUCUCGACAUGAAAUCAUUCUAGUGAUGGAGUAUGUUGAUGGUGGAGAGCUGUUCGACCGGAUCAUAGAUGAGAACUAUAAGCUGACCGAGUUGGACACAGUGCUGUUCAUCAGGCAAAUCAGUGAAGGUCUUCAGUAUAUGCACAAGAUGUACAUAUUACACCUUGACCUAAAGCCUGAAAACAUUCUCUGUGUCAGUCGAGAAACAAACAAGGUCAAGAUAAUCGAUUUUGGGCUUGCAAGGAGAUAUAAACCCAGGGAAAAGUUGAGGGUGAACUUUGGUACUCCUGAGUUCCUGGCUCCUGAAGUCAUCAACUAUGAAUUUGUCUCAUUCCCAACCGAUAUGUGGAGUUUAGGUGUCAUCACUUACAUGCUGCUCAGUGGCUUGUCUCCGUUCCUGGGUGAGGAUGAUAAUGAGACGCUAAAUAAUAUCCUGGCAUGUCAGUGGAGUUUUGAAGAGGCAGAGUUUGCCGACAUCUCCGAGGAGGCCAAAGACUUUAUCACACGCCUGCUUGUGAAGAGCAAAAGUUGGAGAAUGAGUGCAUCCCAGUCCCUGAAACACCCAUGGCUUUCAGACAGAGCGCUUCACUUCCGUCUUCACCAUAAGAAAAACAAGUGUCACUCUUCACAUGCCCCUCCCCCAGAGGGCUAAACAGAAGUGAUCAUUGGCUCUCCUUGUGCCGUGGUGACAAACUGGACCAAUACUGUUGUACCUGAACAACUACACAACAUCUGUUUAAUAUUACAGUCACAUACUGUACUGGACAUGUAUGUUACUUGCUUACCUCAACUUCAAACUAAAACAGAAUUCAACACAUUAAAAAUACUGCUCUCCUCUUGUGUUACAAAAAUAUUUCAUCAUUUGUAAAA